AUGUCCGAAAGAGGUCCAUGUACUGAUACAAAUUGUGAUAAUGAAAUAAAAGAAUUAUAUCAAUGUCAUUGUUGUUUAAAACGUGUAUGUUUAACUCAUUUGAUUGAACAUGUUGGAAUAAGAAAACAAAAUAAACAACGAUUAAAUAAUCUUCGUUAUGAAUUAAAUACAGGUAUAAAUACACUUAAUUUAAUUGUUGAAGAAAAAUUAUUUAUUAUCAAACGUGAGCAAAACUUGAUUGAACAAGCCAAACAACUUGUUGAUACAUCUAAUAGUACAAUUGAUGAAUUACAGAAUAGUAUCGAACAAAUUAACUUAACUAUACUAUCAAAUCGUCCGGAUAUAACAAAUGAAGUUGAAAUCUCUGAAAAUGAUAAACAUUCAACUUCUAUCAAUCAUAAUGUUUUAAAUAAUAUUUCAUCCAAUGAAAAUAUGGAAUUUGAUAAGGUAAAAUUAAUUUAUAUACAUUGA